ACAUGCUUAAACCUGGUUUGUUGUUGUUUACAGGGCUUUUAUGCUUACUUCUCUCAAAAGACUGGUGGUAGUGGGAAAUCACCAUUAGACAUAUACUUGGAUGAGCCAGUGGUUGAUAUGGAAAGCUUUUCAAGUUUGGAUGCUAUAUCAUAUUGGAAAGAUAAUGCAGGCCGCUUCAAAGAGCUGUCUUCAAUGGCCUGCGAUGUGCUGAGCAUCCCUCUCACAACGGUGGCAUCAGAAUCAUCCUUUAGCAUCGGCAGCCGAGUCCUCAACAAGUACCGAAGCUGUCUCCUACCCACAAACGUUCAAGCUCUUAUCUGUGCAAGAAACUGGUUCCGUGGAUUUCAAGAGAUAGGAGAUCAUGAGAUUGAGCUCAGCUCUGAGCAAAGAGGAUGAUCAAGGAUUCAAGGUUGCUGUGAAGCUGUUUGGCUCCACUCAUUGCUUUCUAUUGCUUACUCAUUUUUUUCAUUGUUUCAAACUUUUAAACUCACUAUGAAACUAGUUUCAUACUCAUUGUUCUCAUUUUACAGAUUUUAUAAAAUUUAAAUAAGUACAAACAAAUAAUUACAGAUUUUAU